UUGAGUGAAUUUGACAGACUAAUCUUAACGGAUCUCCUUCAACCGCAUGCCCAUCAACGACUUUUCGACACGUUAUCAGAGUGUUUAGAAAGUACUCAUUCGGUUACCAUAACCCCAAAUUAUUCGAUAAUCUUCAGUUCGAUACUGUUCGAAUCCGACAUGGUAUUGCAUCCUGAUCGACUAGAGGAAAUCGUUGCCAACUCCAUUCCGCAUAGAAGUCGUCUCAGGAAGCGAAAAGCUUAUGUGGAUUACAUGUAUCCAAGAACGAUUUGGUCUUCAGGAGUACCGUAUUCCAUUCAUCCGUCUGUUUGUAAGACAAUCAACUUCUGGCAAGCUGAAACGUGCAUCAACUUCCGUCCACGUACGAAUGAACAACAUUUUGUCGAAUUCAUCGGUAACGACGUCGGAUGCUGGAGUACCGUUGGCAAAGACGAGGCGAUUGGUCGUCAGGUGGUUAGCAUUGGACGAGGAUGUGAACAUUUUGGAGUGACGUCACAUGAAUUGGCUCAUUCCUUGGGAGUUUUCCAUGAGCAAUCACGAUAUGAUCGCGAUGCCGUCGUGCAACUCAAUCGUAAUGUCGUCGAUCCAACCCUUCUCUUCAACUUUGCAAAAAUUGGUCCAAAAGAGCUAAGCACGUAUCGGCUACCGUACGAUGUCGGCAGCGUCAUGCAUUACACUCCAACCGAGUUCUCAGCCUUCAAACAGAUACCGGCAUUGACCACAGUGGACCCCAAUUUGCAGCAGACAAUGGGUCAAAUGGAAGGACCAUCUUUUUUGGACAUUUUAGUUCUGAAUCUUCACUACAAUUGUCAAGCUCGAUGUCCACGAGCACUUCCUUGCCAAAACGGUGGCUUCAUCGAUAGCCGAACAUGUAAUCGAUGCAAAUGUCCUACUGGUUUCGGUGGCCAAUUAUGCAAUGAAAUACCGCCAUCGUUCUCGAGAGGUUGCGGUGGGGAACUGAUCGCUUAUGAAGCCGUUCGUAGAUUUGACAUCAAUAUUAAACAAAUCGGUCAAAAACGGACAAAGCAGUGCAUCUACCAUCUUAAGGCCCCUCAAGGAAAGCGACUAUUGGUGAAUAUUGUUCAAGUACACGGACGAUGUGUGGAAGGUUGUUGGGAAGACGGUGUCGAAUUCAAAAUGUCCAAUGAUGUACGGCCUGUGGGUUACAGAUUCUGUUGUCAACAAGCGUAUCAGCGACGAAUUCUAUCCAGGACCAACAUUGUUCCAUUCAUUGUGACAUCACGUAAUACUGGGAUUUCGCUCACUUUCGAAUAUACUUACGCUUCUCGGACAAAUGUCGGGCUAAAUGGACGCAAGGCUGAUUUAAGCAAAAUUACUAUUUGUGCGUGA